AUGAAUCAAGCUGAAUAAAAGUUUUAAGCAUCAGAAGACAAAGACUUAAGUAAUUCUGAAGAGACCUAUAAAAUAAAUCAAAAUAUCUAAAUAGAUGAUCUUGAAAGCUAUGUGAAUAUAAGUUUAACAGAAUAAAGUACUGAGCAUUUAAUAGAAGAUUUAGAAAUAUCUUACAGAAGCUAUGAUUAAGCUGACUCCUUGAUUAAUCAAGUUGAAAUUGUGCAACCGAGAUAAUCUUUUUUUGAAGCUGUAAGAAGGCUAAGUUUAAACUGCGGGCACACAUUUUGCGAAGGUUGUUUGGAAGAAAUGAUAAUAUAUGCGAUCAAUGUUUCAGGAGAAGUACAUAAAUUGAAAUGCCCUGACUAUAAUUGUCAAGCUGUUUUAUCAAGAGAAGUAAUUAAAAAUCUUACAAAUAAAAACCAGUUUUCAAAAUACCUUGGACUCUAACAAAAUUAUGACCUAAUUAAUAACAAAAACAAGAAAUUCUGUCCAAUUCCUGACUGUAAAAAUGUUCUUGAAAGAAAUCGUUUAAUCAUCAACACUAAGGUUAAAUGUAGCAAGUGUGAAAAAAAUGUUUGUUUUGACUGCUAAUCAAUAUGGCACUAGGGAAAAUCAUGUAGACAGUAUCAGAGAGAGAUAAUAAAUAGUUUGUCUCUUAAUAAAGAUGCCUAAAAAUGCCCUAAGUGCAAAGUGGUGAUAGAGAAAAAUGAGGGAUGCAUCCAUAUGUUGUGCUACAAAUGCUAACAUAAUUUUUGCUGGGGUUGCGGAUUUCCAGUAGAUCAUAUUAUUCAUGAUGAUGAAAUCUAAAAGUAUUUGUUUUAUGGAAUUUGUACGAAUGGCAAAUACUAGACUAUAAGUAUAAAAAAACUAAUGGGUGCGGGGCACUUUUUUGGAUUGGUUAUGGACCUUACUGUCUGUAUCGAGAUAUAAUUGAAGAUUACAAAGGUCCUUUGGUAAAAAAGAUAGUUAUUUAUCUAUUCGUUGUUGGAUUUCCUGCUUGUUUGA